AGAAUAACAAUAAAACAAAAGAAUAUUUUCACUGGAGGCCUGUCAAAAUGGAAAUCCGGAAAUUGUCAUUUUCUUGAUCAUUUAUUAAUUGUAUUAAUAACUUAUCUUAAAAAAAAAAUCAUUAAUCCAUUUGAUACCUCAAAUAUUUUAACUUCUUAUUAAAUGUAAAAAAAGCCAAAUUUUAUGCCUGUGAUCAAAUAUUUUAUUAUUCUAUUAGCAUGUAUACCCUCAGCUAUAUGGCCGUUGUGCUCUUGAUAAUCACCAGUAAUAUUCAAGGUAAGCGUCUCAGCCAGUAUGUGUCACAUUAUGAGCCUGUUACAUAUGAUCCUCAACACUUGGCCCAGAGUCAUAAUAGGGCCAAACGAUCAGUGACUAAUAGUGACAGUAAUGUGCAUGUAACAUUUAAGGCGCAUGGCCAUCACUUUCGACUUAGACUCCGUCGAGAUAUUGAAACAUUUUCAAAUGCCAUGGAAGUGUUGGAUAGUUUUGGCAAUCAAAUACAUCCUAAUAAUAUUGAUACUUCACAUAUAUACCAUGGACACAUUGUUGACGAAGCCAACAGUGUAGUAUUUGGGUCAAUUAUUGAUGGAGUUUUUGAAGGAAAAAUUAUAUCUCCGAAAAAAGGAAACUAUUUUAUAGAAAAAUCUAGAAAAUAUACUCAUCCCCAUGGUCACCUUAAAGACAGUGAUAGUUUUCAUUCAGUUAUCUAUAAAGAAAAUGAUGUUGAUAAUCCAUAUCAUAACUCUUCUAGUCAUUUUAGCGGAUGUGGAGUUACAGGAUCUACAAAACAAAGUAUGGAAACUAUCCAAUAUUCUGGUAGUCCAUGGAAUAUUCAACAACAAGAUGAAGAAAGACCUGCCUAUAAAUAUACAAGACAAGCAGCUGACAAACACCAUUAUGGACCUGUUAGAACAAAACGUGCUACUAAACCUAAAGAAGAACGCAACACUUGUUCAUUAUUUAUCCAAACUGACCCUUUAUUGUGGAAACACAUAAAAGAACAAGUUGGCUAUGAUAAGACAAAGACAAGAGAAGAGAUAUUAUCAUUAAUAGCUCACCAUGUAACUGCAGUGAAUUAUAUCUACAGAGAUACUAAAUUUGAUGGACGCAUUGAACACAGGAAUAUUAAAUUUGAAGUUCAAAGAAUAAAAAUUGAUGAUGAUGAACCUUGUGACCACAAAUGGGCUGGAGAACAAAAUCCAUUUUGUAUGGAAAAUAUUGAUGUUAGUAAUUUUUUAAACCUACAUUCAUUGGGAAACCAUGAAGACUUUUGCCUAGCAUAUGUUUUUACCUACAGAGACUUCACCGGAGGAACCUUAGGUCUAGCUUGGGUCGCUAGCGCAUCUGGUGCAUCUGGUGGUAUUUGUGAAAAGUAUAAAACUUAUACAGAAACUAUCGGUGGUUUAUAUCAAUCAACUAAACGUAGUUUAAACACUGGUAUUAUUACAUUUGUUAACUACAAUAGCAGAGUGCCACCCAAAGUUUCACAGUUGACCUUGGCCCAUGAAAUUGGCCAUAAUUUUGGAUCGCCGCAUGAUUAUCCUUCAGAUUGUCGACCCGGUGGUUUAAGUGGUAACUAUAUCAUGUUUGCAUCUGCUACUAGCGGUGAUCGCCCAAACAACAGUAAAUUUUCUUCGUGCAGUAUAGCUAAUAUCAGUAGUGUAUUAGAUGCUAUACAAGAUAAUAAAAAAAGGAAUUGCUUUAAAGCCAGUGAAGGAGCAUUUUGUGGUAACAAAAUUGUUGAAAAUGGUGAAGAAUGUGAUUGUGGAUAUGAUGAUGAUGAAUGCGAUGAUAAAUGCUGCUAUCCCAGGCAAGUUGCUGAUCGAGAUAGAUUCCGUAACAUCUCAGCUAGAGGUUGUGCCCGUCGAGCUCAAACUGAGUGCAGUCCAUCUCAAGGUCCAUGCUGUUAUGCUGAUACCUGCCGUUUCAUUCCAUCUAAUCGAAUGGUUACGUGCCGCGGUGAAGAUGUUUGUAGUUAUAGUUCUAAUUGUGAUGGUACCACACCAGAAUGUCCAGUACCACCUCCUAAGCCUAACAAAACCCGUUGUAAUGAAGGGACACAGCUUUGCAUCAAUGGUGAUUGCACUGGAUCUAUUUGUUUGGAGUGGGGUCUAAACGAAUGUUUUUUGACCUCACAAAUCAUACCCAAUAUUGACAAACGCAAAUUGUGCGAGUUGGCUUGUAUGAAUGGUACUGAUUUACAAACCUGCAGGUCAACUAGUGAAUUUGCUGCUGCGGUUAACUUACCUCUCGGUGGCAUUAGUUUAAGGCCAGGAUCACCUUGUGAUAAUUUUCAAGGUUACUGUGAUGUAUUUUACAAAUGUAGAGCAGUUGAUGCUGAAGGGCCAUUAGCAAGAUUAAAAAAUAUGCUCCUCAACAAACAAACACUUCAAACUCUCCAACAAUGGGCUUUAGAAAAUUGGUGGGCUUGUAUGCUCAUGGGUGUUACAUUUGUAAUUAUAAUGGGAGUGUUUAUAAAAUGUUGUGCAGUACACACACCAUCUUCAAAUCCUAAGAAAACACCUGCUCGGAGAUUUAGUGAAACAUUAAGACGACCCAUUACAACCUUACGUAGAAUGCGACACAAUCCUCAGACAUAUGUAUCACAGCCCAGAUCAAGUAGAGUUCCAGCUCAUGGAUAUGGUGAGGGUAGAGGUCAUUAUUAUGCACCAAGAGCUUCUGCACCCCCUGCACAUGGUCAUUCAGAUCGCCGUAAUGCAUUUCCAAUGAGGCAUCAGCCGCAGCAUAAAGUGUGAUAGUAUAUCUGCUGUAUGGCCUGUAUUGUUGGCGAGAACAAUUUUAAUUAUUCUCCAACAACUAUUUCCAUUCAAAUUGUAAUAGAUUUUUUAAUUCUGAAAUCGGCUGUUGAAACAUUAUAGUCAAAACACCAGACUAAAAAAUAAUAUUCUUAAGGUAUUUGCAACUGAUUGUUGUCACUAUAGAUUCUUUUCUUACUUAUAUAUAAAAUAUUUAUAUAAUACAUUUAAAUAUGUAUAAUGUAUAUAAUUGAAUAAAAAGUAUUUGAAUAAUUUUCCAGAGAUAAAUUUAAUUUGGGACUAAAUUAAAUAAUUCAGUCAUUCAGAUGUUUAUCCAAUGAAAUAAUAAGAUUGACCCAUCAAACAUUACUAUCUAGGACAAACUGUUUGGAGCUUUGUGAGGGAAAGGCAGUGAUUCUUAAACUUUUCAGAUUAUGGAACACAUAAUUUUAUAAGAUUUUUGCAGAUCACAGAUGUAAAAUAGUACUUAUAUGAUAUUAUAUUUAAAAUUACAUACAUAUCAGUUUACAUAUUAUUCAAUAGAAAAUAAAAUAAUUGUAAAGUACUAGCAACCAAAUAACAGCCCCUCGGUUACUCUCAAUAACAAAACUAUCCCUAGAGAAAAUUCUGUAAAAUAUCUAGGUAUUCAUCUAGACCAAAGAUUAACAUGGGCCACUCACAUCAAAACCAAAAGAAAAUCAAUGAAAAUAAAACUUCAUAAACUUCGUCAACUUCUUCGUUCUAAAAUAUUACUUAGUGGCAAAACCCUUGUAUACAAACAAUUAAUUUGUCCUGCAUUGACAUACGGUAUAGAAAUCUGGGGCUCAACCAAAAACUCAAAUCUAAAUCUUCUCCAAUCCUUUCAGUCUAUCAGUCUCCGUCUUCUGACAAAUGCACCUUGGUAUGUUAGUAAUCAUACAAUCCAUAAAGACCUGAAUAUUCCAACUCUUCUCACCCUCGCUUCAACACACUAUAAAAAAUUGCAUUCCAAAACAAAUAAUCAUCCAAACCCACUAAUUUCUAACCUCUCCUCUAAGACUCUUCCGGAUAACCCUCCCCGUCGACUAAAACAAAAUUUGCCUAGUGAUUUACUUCGCUAAAUAAUUACAAAAAAAAAAAAAAACCAGUUUGAAGUAGUGUCAAUGGACGCACUCUUCAGUCAAGCCUCCAAACACAUUUACUUAUUGUUUUAUUUUAUUACAGAUUGUAAAUUUAUUUAUAUUAUAAAAAAUUAUUUUAAUAAAAAAAAAAAAA